CGGAAAGCUUUGGAAAGACAAAUUUCUGUAUCUCAGGAUAUGGUGCAAAAUUAUAGUACUAGGCCUGAACAUCCUAUAUAUAGUACAUAGCAGCAGUUUGUUACAUACGACAUAUAUUAGUGUAUAUGCUUCUUGAUUUGGCUCAAAUAUGUUUGAAUUGUCUGAUAGGUUCAAACGUUCGAAAAUGCUUACAACGCCAGCAAGGCUAUAGCUAUAACUAGCACAACUGCCUCUAGUAAUGGAGACACACAAAUGCAAGAUGCACUCUUAUGGCAGAAUGUAAUACAGAUAAUAAUGAGUUGUUUAUUGAUGCUUUGCUUAAUAGGAGAUAUCACUGUUUUGACAACUAGGAAGCUAUCAGUUGCUAACUGGUAUUGGAGGCCAGGUCUAAUUUUUUGUGGGCUAACAGCAGUUAAUGAAACUAUCAUUCUCAGUGAUGCUCUCGUAAAUUCUGUUACCAUUUUUGGAAAUUGCCACCAGCGACUUAUAAGCACUGAACGGACAUUCGAACUGAUAGACGAAAUUUGCUAUAUGCAAAUGAGUCUAUCCUUUAUAUUUACGAUGGGCAGUAUGAUAAAGGCUAUCUCAUUGAGUAUCGUAUAUGCAGUUACCGCUUAUUUCCAAAAUCGAAACACAAUUCACGAACUAAAAAGGGAAGCUUCGACUUCAGAUAUGCCUUUAGAAAACAUGACUAGCUAUUAUAGCCAAUACUGAGCUUUGUUUACCACAGAUGAAGAAUAAGAACCGUACUCAAU